CGCGCGCAUCACCUGUGGUGCGGUCAGAAGGCUGGCCACAACACCAGAGAAAAAGUUGUACUUACCGAUGGCUGUCAUCGCUUUUUCUGACAGAUGUUUUUGCGUGAUCUAUCACACGAGCUCCGUCGUUUCCGAACAGAUUCCGCCGAUAGUCUCACCUUUAGACCUUUUCUGAACUCAAUAUUGUCGCGAUAGUAGGGAGACAGAUUCUAACCGAGUGUGCUCGCUUUUAAGUUUAAAGGGUGCGUCAUUGGAAUUCCAAGGAUCACGAUUACGCGAGAGAAGAUCGUGUUAAAAAGGGGGCUGAAAGAAUAAAACAGGGGAAUAUUAAAGAAGUGCGAGAAGAGAUCACGUGAAAUAAAGAGUGUGACUGAGGAACAAAGGGUAUGGCGAAGACGUAUGAUUAUUUGUUCAAGUUGUUGCUGAUUGGUGACUCAGGGGUCGGCAAGACGUGCGUCCUCUUCAGGUUCUCCGAGGAUGCUUUCAACACGACCUUCAUCUCGACCAUUGGAAUUGAUUUUAAAAUAAGAACCAUAGAAUUAGAUGGCAAGAAAAUAAAAUUACAAAUAUGGGAUACAGCAGGCCAAGAAAGGUUUCGUACAAUAACCACAGCAUAUUAUCGUGGUGCAAUGGGUAUAAUGCUAGUUUAUGAUGUAACCAACGAGAAAAGUUUUGAGAACAUAAAGAACUGGAUUAGGAACAUAGAAGAAAAUGCCUCUGCGGAUGUUGAAAAGAUGUUAUUGGGCAAUAAGUGUGAGCUCACAGAAAAACGGCAAGUUUCAAAGGAACGAGGGGAACAACUUGCUGUUGAAUAUGGAAUAAAAUUUAUGGAAACCUCUGCUAAAUCUAGCAUUAAUGUUGAAGAGGCAUUUUAUACCCUUGCACGAGAUAUCAAGGCUAAAAUGGAAAAGAAACUGAAGGAGGCAUCAAAUCCACCGAAAGGAGGAGGACAUCAAUUGAAAGCAUCCGAGCCACAAAGGAAGCCACCAAGUUGGCUUGCACGAUGCACUAUACUCUGACCCAUCAGCCGGCAUAUCCUCGACCGUCACCAACUACUCUUUACCUUCGGUCUCCUUCGCUCGCUGCACGUCGCGAGUACUUCUGUGAUUUUACUCCUUGACGGCCACCUUCGUUUCCCUCCGUCGCUGCCGGUCUCUCUUUUUUACUGAUUACUCAUAGGAGCUCUUUUUAUCCUGGAGGAGAAACUGCCUUUCCCCUCAUCCUUUCCGAAAAGAAAUUAAAAGAACAAAAAAAGUAAAAAAAAAAGAAAAAAGAAACAAAAAAGGAGAAGAAGAAGAAAAAAGGCACGUUCAAAAGAGAAUUUCCCGAAGGAAACGAAUCGCGAAUUGUGAUAAUUUUUGAUAAUUUUUUAACGACGCUCGAAUACCACCUCGUAAGUCACAUCGUUUCUACUUGUCACGUUUCAUAACGAAAUAUUAGGAGUGCAAUUGAUCGAGCAGUCUUUAGAAUGCUUACGCCGUGUAAAAUUGAUAUGCUGUCGAAGAAGGAUAAUCUUAACUUCUCGACCAGUCAAUGAGCAAUCUAGAAAAUAAAUCAAUUUUUAGAAUUGCGCGUCGUAAAUAACGUGCAAUUCUGCUUUUCGUUUAUCGUGCGAUUCAUUUACAUACGUUGUAAGCUUUGCUAUAAAUGAGGAUAAUAACGACGAUAAGCUGGAAGUUGGCCACCCGUAGAAACAAUAAUAAAUCGUUAAUUUGUUUUUAACGCGUUAACUUAUAGUGGCUCAUGAAAGUAUUCUAAUAAUUACCGCAGAACUAUUUUGUGAAUAUAUUACGUGUAAUGUACGAAACUUUUUGAAAUUUUGUUUCCACUGUAAUGAGACACGAUUAUCGUGAUUAUUAUGAUAAAAUUUGAAAUCGAUUCGAAAGUGUAUAUAGAAAUUUCAAGAUAUUUAUUGCAAAUAUACAGUUAGUGAAAAAUUAGUACACAGCAUGAAUAGUCAUCUUAAACGUAAGUAAAUGAUAAAGACGAUCUCUCUGAACAUAGAGAAUUAUUAAUAUAAUGCAUAAUUGACUGUUUAAAUACUUUUGUGACCUCUAUAAAAUAUAUGCUCCUACCAUCUUAUAGCUUCUAUGUACAUUUGCAAAUUUUUUCUUUAUCAAUAUAAUCGUGCUAUUUAGGUUUCAUUACAGUACUAAUAAAAUUUCAAGAUGUUUCCUAUAACACAUAAUAUAUCCAUAAAAGGUUUUUGUAAAUAUCUGAAUAUUUUUAUGAGCUACUGUAUAUUUUGAAAAUCUCUGUUCUCGUUUAAACGACCGUUCGAUAUUCAGCAAUUUUGCUUCUAUUGUAUUAAAAUUCGGCUAUGUUAAAUGAAUGCAGAUAAAUAUGAAAAAUAUAAGAUGUUUUUAUAUUUUUAUGUUCAAAUGCUAUGCAUACGAAGUUUCUCCUCCACGUUUUAAUUAAUCAAGGGGUACGAUUUUUUAACACAUAUUUUUUGCAUUCGCUUUAUUUAAAUGAGUGAAAAAAAGAGAAACAAAAGGAAGUAAACAAGAAAGAGAAAAUAAAAGGAAGAAAUUUCUCUCCGGCCAACGCAUGAGAAAUCUCUUCUUUUUUUGAAAAGCAUUUCGAAGCUAUUUCUUUAUAAGACAUUGUAAAAGCAAGACAAAAAAGAAGGGAGAUGCGAAUAGGUGAACAAUGGGCGGUCAUUUUUUAUAUAUAAAUAUAAAUAUUUAUAUAGAUAUAUAUAUACAUGCAUAUAUAUCUAUAUACACAUCGUCAAGUUAGCUUUUUCACCGGAUCGAAGAAGAAUUCCUCAUUUUAUUAAUUCAAUAAUUAGCGCAAAUUCAGAACUCGAAAAAGAAAGAAAAUAAGACGAGAAGGCUUUUUCAAUAUUUUUGAUUUAAACUCUUUUUAUUCCUCCCUUUUUCUCUGUUGUUAAAGAAAUAAUAAAAAGGAAAACAAGAAAAAAAUGGAUAAAAGAAGUAAUACAAAAAAGAUGGAUCACGGAUUUCGUCUUCGUUUGAAACGCUUGUUGUAAUAGUUUUCUUUUUCCAAAGAAACAGAGGGUUCUCUUUUUUUUUUGUUUCUUGUUUCCUAAGAACGAGAAAAAAGGGAUUCCAAUCUGUUUCCACUUAUAUACUUAAAAUAUACGAUUAUUAUAAUACAUUUUAUAUUAAUCCUA